AUGGGUUCAAAACACUUAACCACCACGUAUUCUCAAGCUAUUCAAAAGAGAGCAAAUAUUUAUAACAUCAACUUAAAAAAUCCUUACGAUUACUUAAAGUAUGAUAGAAAAUAUACAAGUGAGGUAGAUGAAGAAUAUAAACAUUCUUAUGAUGAAGAAAAUGAUUCUGAAAAAACCACUUCAAAUGAUUCCAAGAAAGAUUUGUCAGAUGAUAAAUCUUCCAAAUCUGAUUCAGAAGUUACCAAAAAAUCAUCUAAAAAGACAAAAUCAAAGUCUGACAAACUAAACAAGAACCCCAAUAUCAACGUUGAAACGUUGCGAUUAAUGAAGAAAAGAGAAAAGAAAAAUAAGAAAAGACGUCAAUUGAGGAGAAAGAAUAAAGAAGCUGUUAAACAGAAGAAGCAAGCUAUUGAAAAGGAAGAUGGUAAUAAGAUUCUAAAUAUUACGAUGAAAGAAUUUUUACCUGCUGAAACUAUUUCUCAUGCUGCUGUUGACAACUCUAUUGGAAAUGCUGCUAGAUAUCUUCUUUUAGAUAAUUUUAUUAAGUAUUCUCAAGGAAUUAAAGCUUUUAUUAAGAACAAUUUAGAUAAGAGGAAUAUGGAGAAUAGGAAAAGAACUAAAGCCACUAAUGGCAAACCAGAUCAAGAAAUUAGGGAUACUGGAAAAUCUGAUUUCAAAAAUGUACCCAUAAUGAUUGUGAAUAAAGAAAUUCAAGAUUCAAGGGAUAAAAAGGGUGCUAACGAAGCCAUGGACCAAGAUCGAGCCCUUUGUCAAAAGAUCAUUAAAAUUUGGAAUACAUAUAUAUUUUGCUUUGGGAUUAUGAAAAUGGUUACUCAAAAUUCAAUUUCUUUAGAGCACAUUUCAUAUAAUGUCAAACAAGAAAUUAAUCCUCAAACUAUAAAAGCCCUUAAGGAGCUCGACAACAAGAUCAGUGAUUGUGCGCUUAUGGUUCUUAGAGUGCUAGCUGUAUUGGCCAUUAUUUUUUGGAUUAGCAUCUUAUUAAUCGUUAUUUCAAAUAUGUUAGUUGCAGUAGAAGAAACACUCGAUACAGGUGAAAAUCAAUUAGAUAAAUUGAUUAAGGAUUCGAUUGAACAUUAUAAAGUUUGUCUUUGUUUCUUAAGUUUUCUUUGCUUCGUAUCACCAUUAUUGUUAGUUGCUACAGCUCUAACUUAA